CGCUAUUCCGUACCGAUAUGAAGCUGGUCAAUGAACCACUCAUGUACCACGUCAACCUGAUCACCACGGCCGAGCAGAAGAACUUUUUCGAUUUAUUGCACUUCUCGCCGCUUAAGAUACACAUCAGUUUUUCGAUGACUGGCAGUGGAGGUGGACCCUCUGCAAUGCCACAAGUACUUAACGUGUUGUUGCAAGGAAUCGGCGUGACACUGACGGAUAUUAACGACAUCGUGUUCAAAUUGGCAUAUUUCGAGAGGAACUAUGUGUUCAUGACAAACAAGCAGCUCAUCUCCGAGGCAACCACUCAUUAUGCAGGCCAAGCGAUCAAGCAGGCCUAUGUGCUCGUGCUAGGACUUGAUGUUAUCGGUAAUCCAUACGGGCUUGUGGUCGGGACUAUGAAGGGCAUCGAGGAUUUGUUCUACGAACCCUUCCAAGGGGCCAUACAGGGCCCGGGAGAGUUCGCGGAGGGCCUGUUUCUCGGGGUGCGCAGCAUGUUGGGCCACACCGUCGGCGGAAUGGCGGGCGCCGUAUCGAAAAUCACGGGAGCGAUGGGCAAAGGUAUAGCUGCUCUGACUUUCGAUAAGGAUUACCAACGAAAGAGACAAGAACAGCUCAACAAGCAACCCGCCAACUUACAAGAAGGUCUUGCUCGAAGCGGAAAGGGCUUAGUAAUGGGCGUGGUUGACGGUGUAACGGGUGUGGUAAUGAAGCCUAUAUCAGGAGCGAAGGAGGAAGGAGUAGAAGGGUUCUUUAAAGGAUUCGGAAAGGGUGUCGUUGGACUCGUCACCAGGCCUACUGCCGGUGUUAUUGACUUUGCGAGUGGUUCUUUUGGAGCUGUCAGACGAGCUACGGAACUGAAUGAGGAGGCAAGGAGAGUACGAUCGCCUAGAUUUCUGCAACCAGACAGUCUUGUUAGACCUUACAUAAAGGAUGAAGCCGAAGGCAACAAGAUAUUGAUGGUAAGAGUUUUAUUCCUUUGAGAGUUCUCGAUCAUCAAACUUAAGGUAGAUGUAUUUGCAUGUUCUGUUUUU